AAGUGUUACUUGUAGGAGUUCACCCUGCUGUCUCUGGAAACCAGUGCUGCAUUCGUAGCCACUGUGUCAGGACUAGUGAAAAACACACUGUGACAUAUCACAGCAAUGUCUCUGUCAUUCGAGGGAAGAGUCGUGCUUGUGACUGGGGCCGGAGGAGGCCUUGGCAGAGAAUAUGCACUGGCUUUUGCUGAAAGAGGUGCUUCAGUGAUAGUGAAUGACCUUGGGACAGACACUAAAGGGGGUGGAAAGAGUUCUGCAGCUGCUGAUAAGGUGGUGGAGGAGAUAAGAGCGAAGGGAGGCAAGGCCGUGGCGAACUAUGAUUCUGUCGAAGAUGGAGAAAAACUGAUUCAGACAGCGCUGGAUGCAUUUGGAAGAAUAGAUGUUGUUGUAAACAAUGCCGGGAUACUUCGUGACCGAUCAUUUGCCAGGACGAGUGAUUUGGACUGGGACUUGAUUCAGAGAAUUCACUUGAGAGGCUCCUUCUUGGUGACUCGAGCUGCUUGGAACCACAUGAAAAAUCAAAAGUUUGGCCGAAUCAUCAUGACGGCUUCAGCCGCAGGUAUCUAUGGUAACUUCGGCCAGGCUAACUACAGCGCUGCCAAGCUGGGCAUGCUGGGUCUGGCUAACACCUUGGCAAUCGAGGGACGCAAGUACAACGUUCACUGCAACACCAUCGCUCCUGUUGCUGGGUCACGCCUCACAGAGACAGUCAUGCCCCCAGAUCUUGUGGCAUCUCUGAAGCCUGAGUAUGUUGCUCCUCUGGUCCUCUGGCUCUGUCACGAACAAUGCCAAGAAAAUGGAGGAUUGUUUGAGGUUGGUGCAGGCUGGAUUGGUAAAUUGCGCUGGGAGCGUUCUCAGGGCCAGAUUGUGAGAAAAAAGAACAAGUCCAUGACCCCUGAGGCCGUCAGGGACCAGUGGGACAAAAUCUGUGAUUUUACAGAUGCCACUAAGCCUGCUACUGUACAAGAAUCUCUGCAGUCAAUGGUGAGCGUGCUGUCUCGGAUGGAGUCAGAGGACCAAGUUGGUGCGAACUCGACAGCGGCUGCAGCUUCACCAGCGUCGGCAUCAGGGAUUAAUCCUUCUAUGGCAGUGGGACAAAAACUACCACCGACCACGUUCAGCUUCACCCACACCCAGUGCAUCCUCUAUGCGCUGGGGGUUGGCAUGUCCACCAAGGAUCCGGACCAUCUUCGGUUCCUGUAUGAAGGCUCUCCGGACUUCAGCUGCCUCCCUACCUUCGGGGUCAUUCCCUCCCAGGCGGCCAUGAUGGAGGGCGGCCUGAGUUCAGUGCCUGGACUCAACAUAGAUUUUACACAGGUGUUGCACGGAGAGCAGUAUCUGGAGCUUUACAAACCCCUGCCAACCUCAGGUAAGCUUACCUCUGAGGCCACCAUAGCGGACGUGUUGGACAAAGGCUCUGGAGCCGUCAUCCUCCUGGAUGUGCACACCUACAGCGGCGGUGAGCUGGUUUGCUACAACCAGUUUUCAGUGUUUGUGGUUGGAGCUGGAGGCUUCGGAGGAAAGAGAACCUCUGAGAAAGCCAAAGCUUCUGUGCCGCCUCCUAAACGGGCACCAGAUGCUGUGGUGAUUGAUUCGACCACAAGAGACCAAGCGGCCUUGUACCGUCUGAGUGGAGACUGGAACCCCCUUCAUAUAGACCCCAGCUUUGCUGCCAUGGGAGGUUUCAAGGCUCCCAUCCUCCAUGGCCUGUGCUCCUUCGGCUUCGCUGCGAGACACGUCCUCAAGCAGUUUGCCAACAAUGACCCCUCCAGAUUCAAGGCUAUCAAGGUUCGCUUUGUGAAGCCGGUGAUGCCUGGUCAGUCGCUACAGACUGAGAUGUGGAAGGAAGGCAACAGAAUUCACAUCCAGUGCAAAGUGAAGGAGACAGAUGCUGUUGUGCUCGCUGGAGCCUACGUGGAUUUACAUGGUGCAUCAGAAGCUUCUCCAGAAAACCUCACGCAGGGUGGAGGCCUUCAGAGUGAGCUGGUGUUUGCAGAAAUCGGUCGUCGCAUCAAAGACUUGGGCUCGGAGUUGGUGAAGAAGGUGAAUGCUGUGUUCGGCUGGGAGAUCACUAAAGAUGGCAAGACCGCUGCACAGUGGACCAUUGAUCUGAAGAACGGCAGCGGCUCUUUGCACAAAGGUCCUUACAGCGGAAAGGCGGAUGUGACCUUCACGGUGUCAGACGAAGACUUCAUGGAGGUGGUGCAGGGGAAAGUCAACCCUCAGAAGGCGUUCUUCUCUGGCAAACUGAAGGUUAGAGGAAACAUCAUGCUGAGUCAGAAGUUGGAGGUCAUCCUGAAGGACUACGCCAAGCUGUGAGCUCCUCGGCCGACCAAUCAGACGACUUGAGGAACUAACCCGUCAGCUCCCUCCUUCUGCCUGCUUUCCUUGUGUAGUGUGUUUGUAUUUACACGCUUUGCCUCUCAAGGGAAAUACAACAAAAUUACUCACUAAGAUUAGCAAUACUUCAGAUUGAACUUUGUUCCAUAAUUAAACUUCCACUGCAGGCUGUCUCAGAUAAGACAUUUCCUUUUUGUACAACUUGCAUAGAUUUAUAAACUGCUUUUCACGUCUUCAGCCAUUUCCAUCAGGAGAAACAAUAAUUCAAUGGCACCUAAAGUUCUAAUUUUUGUUCAGUAAGAUCAAACCUGUAUCUAUUACAGUUAAUCUGAAUGAAGUGCUAAUGGUUAAAAUCUGAGCCAGUUUUUUAGUGGUCAGUGGUGAUUUCAUCAAUACUAAUUCACCAAGUCAGAAACAGUUUUAUGUGUCUGAUCAAUGUAAUCUGAGUUGCAGACUAAAUUAGGCUUUGUAAGCUCUGAUAAUAAUGACCGAUCUUGAUUUUUAAUAACGUCCAUGCAAUUGUAAUGAGCGUAGUGGUUGCUCUUCUCUGAAAUUAAAGUGAAAUAAAAUCUCA